CUCGUCUACUCGCACGUGUGGCGACUUUUCGCGCCAAAUAAAAAGACGCGGUUGGUCAUGCUGGGCCUCGACGCCGCCGGUAAAACCACACUCCUCUACCAGCUCCAGCGCACGCUUCACCCGACUCAGGACAGCAGCACUACGGCGCCAAUCACGACAAUUUCAACAAUUGGCUUCAACGUCGAGCGGUUCGAAUUCCAAGGCCUCGAGUGUACGUUGUGGGACGUCGGUGGCAACUACCGCCUCUCGUCGAUCGUGCGUCACUACUACGAAGGCGCCGACGCGAUCCUGUUUGUCGUCGACACCAGUGACCGUGCGCGCAUGGACUCGGCGUGCGACCAUCUUGCCAUCAUUUUAGCGUCCGAUACGCUCCGAGACGCGGUCCUUCUUGUCUACGCCAACAAACAAGACCUUGCGCAGGCCAUGAGUAUAGCCGACGUGACCGAGGCGCUCCAACUGCGCUUCAUUCGUCAGCGGUGGUUUGUCCAAGCGUGCUGCGCGACAAGUGGUGACGGCCUUUGCGAUGGUCUUCAUUGGCUCGCGACAGCACUUGCUCAACCGUAAUGGAAUACACGAGGUGCACUCCUUUUCACAUGUCGCCGCCAACCACCAUGACAACAGAGACUCGUGCUUUCGAC